GGGCGUGGACGAGUAUAUAUAGCAUAUCAUAAAACUAAAUGUCGACAUUCACCCUUUAUCAGGCGACAAUACUCCGCGUACAUCAUGUCUCCUUCGUGGUUCUUAUUGUCCGUUGCGUUGUUACUUGUCGCUCAAUAUGCGACCGGAAAUUUAAUAAGAGGUAAAAGUGAAGACGGCGUCUUCUCAAACAAGGAUGUUCCCGUUCUUCAGGAUGAUGUUGAAGACAACGAGCUGAGUAUCCCGGUGGAACCGCCUAAGGAUCCUGAAGAGAGCACUACGAAGAAAUGCGGCCAGAUUGGUGAUUUUUGUACUUACCACUCCGAUUGCUGUACAUUCUCCUGCCUCGGCUACAUGAAGCGUUGUGUCUCGGGUUCCGGUUAGAUUAAACAAUGUAUUAUUAUAAUAAAUUAUUUAUUUUAUUUAUUAAUUUUACGUAUCGGAUGUAUGGGGUGGUUAAGAUGAGUCAAGUCUGGAGGAUUCGCUGCGAAAUAUUGGAUUUCUUUCAUCGCAUCUUCUGAUAUCUUCCAAAGUUCUGGAUAUUGAGUUUUGAAAUCGUUAUACCAUUUGUAAAUCUGUAAAUAUAAUAUGGCAUCUUA